AGUGCCAUUUCCAGUCGCUGUUAAAAGACCGGUCUACGCGGCAGUAUCUGUUUAAGAGUGUUUCAGACUUUUGACUGGGGAAACGUGAACGUCUCACAAAUGGCUAAAAGUGAUGGCAGAUCCUAUUUUAGGAGGUCCAGUCUCUUCUGGAUAGUAACUGUAACUCUAUCCAUGAGCUACUACACAUGGGCUGUGUUUUGGCCACAACAAAUCCCUUAUGACAUGUUGGGGCCACUCGGUGAUCUCACACAGUAUCUGGUCAAAGAAUAUCACAGUUUCAUGUACAUGGGAUGGUGGAUUUCUUGGGCUGUCCAUCUGUGUGAAGCUCUGCUGGCACUGAAAGUAUGCAGUGAUAAAGGCAUCGACAGUCCAUCAACACGGCUCCUGUGGUUUGUUCAGACCUUUUUGUUUGGCUUUGCAUCCCUGGGUUUACUCCUGAAAUACAAGGCUGGUGGUCGUGCCAAACGUCACUGAGCAGCUUCAGAUGUGCACAGCUCCAAAAAAGAAAAAGAAAACAACAAACAAACAAACAAACAAACAAAAAGGAUCCAUCAGAAUUCAAGCCUUCCAAUCAAAUACAAAUAUAUGGACCAUAUUUCAAAAUCAGAUCAUUCUGAUGUAGAAACUGUGAAAGUUGUGGACAGUAACAUGAGCUCUUACAGCAACACUCCUUGCAAGAGAUACUCACAAUACAUGCAUAAAUAAUAACCGUAGUACAUAAGCUAGAAUUAUUAGCUUUACUGUGGAUGCUCUUCCUGACUGCAGAACCAGUUUCAGAGCAAUGGAAAAACUGUGCCUUCCAUUUCAUCUGGUUGAAACUGUUUAGAUUUGAAUUUAAGGCCCUGUUGUUCCCUACACCAACUGUGACUGUGAAUUUAAGCUCUCCUUGGGUGGGAGUUUCAUCAUUUUAGUUUGGCAGUUAGCAAUUUCACAGAGACAUGAUUCACAGACUAUAAACUGUGCCUCCACCUACGCAGAUUAUUGGUGCUGUCACAGAUUAGAGAACAGGCUACCUGAAUGGAAAAUGGGUUUGUCAAACUUCGGGAUAAAAUUGGCAAACAUGAGUAGGAAGUUGUUUUUAAAAUAGUAUUGGACACAACUGCUUUUGAAUAUAGAGGCGUUGCUUCACAUGCUUUUGUAUUCUCCGACACAAAUCUUAAACACAAUACAGUUUCUUAUUUGAUUUUCUAAUAAUUUCACAUUAUAUUUAUAAUUAGACCUGUUGAAAUUAGACAAAGAAAGAACAAUUAGUUUAGUAUUCAAGUAAUAUUUCUAAAAUUUAAUUGUUAAGCAGCUCUUUUGAUUAAAAAAAAAAUCCCUUUUCAGGAUUACUCUGUGAUGUAGGUCAGCUUCUUCCAAGAAGUCCAGUAAUAAACCAGCUGAGGCUGGUUUUAUCCAGACUGUUUUCCAAAAUGCCCUCAAUUUCUCACCCCAACUGAAUUUGUGUCACCUCGGAAGCGAAUACUUUUGCAUGCUAGAUGAUUGCUUGUUUUAAACACUACACCAAGCAACAGAUACCUGUGUAAAAUAUUUGUCGCAGAUUCUUGUUAGAUUUCCUGCAGAACCUGAGACAUGUAGUCCAGCUAUAUCACAGCAUGGCACAAGUCUGACAUCCUCUAUUAAUCACAACACAGAGGGGAUCAUCAGGAUACAGUGUUUACUGAUGUGUGAUACAUAGAAUUGUUUAUACUGAAGAAGAAGAAUAUAAUAUAGCUAAUAGAUUUAUAAGAAUACGGAAUUAAUUAAGAAAGAUUCUUUAAAUGUACUGUAGAGCUUAUAUGAAGUGGAUUUUUAAAUUAUUAACAUUUCUAAUUUUUACUCAGAUGGUGUGAUGAGUGAGGUUUAUAAUUUAUUUUUAAAUAAAGCGGCAAUUUAACAAC